AAGAAGAUGUCAUUCAAGGGUUUGGUCAAACAGCCUCUCUUCCCUACUCCCCAAACACAGUAUGUUACAGACACAGGAGCCUGCAGAUCCAAAAGUGGUGGUCAGAAGGGUCAAGUCCAAAGGCCUCUCCUCUCUUGGCCAAUACGUCAAACACAUCAAGGACUCUAGAACCCAAGCGUGGGGGCAUUGAAGGAACCACCCAGUGUUGGCUUGGAACGGAAGCCAGAAAGCACAGCAAAGAGGCGGUACUAGGACUCGGGCAGAGGGGAUGGGGUCUCCUCCACAGUCCAUAGUGAAGGCAAGCCAUGCCUGUCAUAAAGAAACCGAGCUUAAAGUUCCCUACCCACUCUGAUCGCUUGAAAAAGACCUCACCUUUCCCUACUGCUAGUCUACUGCUGCUCUCUUAUUCCUUCCUCCUCUCUCUCUCUCUCUCUCUCUCUCUCUCUCUCUCUCUUUCUCACUCACUGGUUGUUCUUCUAUAUAAGGAACCUGGUGUUGCCUUGUGUUGUCUGGCUUAGACAGGGCUGGUGGAGGACAUGAUGAACAGGCCCCACAUUCCAGCGUUUGGGAGCUGGGACUACUGUGAUGACCUUCCCAUCACGCAGUACUUCGAGUCGGCAAUGCAGGCUGGUUUAGUUCGAGGCCGACCUUUCGGCGAGGAUGCUGAUUUCUUGAAGGUGACAGCGGACACAGUGAAACCCACUCACCACCACCACCACCACCACCACCACCACCACCACCAGAGAAAGGUGAAAAAGCCUGGAGAGAGGCAGUACCAGCAGGGGCAGCAGAGAAAGCAAGGGAAGGCGAGCGAUGUGACAGCACAGGCCACGCCGAGGAGGCCCAGAGCUGCCAAGGCGGUGGAUGAGGACCUGUACAAGAUCCCGCCCGAGCUCCUCUACCAGAAGCCCAAGAGGGUACUCUUCUCGCGCUUCAACUCUCAUGCUGAGGGGUAUAGCAGUGACGCAGUAGAAGAUUAAUCUGAAUGUUUUUGUGACAUCCGAGUGCAGAAGAGGCUGCUGAAGGGCUUGUGGUCAGGCUGCCUGGGACUCCACUGCACUGCGUGAGGGGGGGAAGAAGAAGAAGAAGGUGGAGGAGCAACGAAGUGAGGUGUAGCGUUUGCGUCGUGCUUUGCCGUUGGUUUUUGGUACACUGUAGAAAUCAGUGGAGGAGAAAGAUAAAUAGUUACAAGAGCGAAUUACCUACUUUACUAUAUGAAUACGGUGUUUGAGAAUCGAAUGGUUUCUUCUCAUUAAGAUCUGUUGAAGCC